AUGCCGGGGUUCGAUCUCACCGCGCGCAAGGGCGACGUGCCCCUCGGCCGGCGGCGCGUCGACGAGGAGGAGCGCCAGCGCGUCUCCUCGGAGGAGUACCUCGCGGCGCACAAUCUGGAGCUCUACCUCCGCGAGGCGGUGAAGCACGCGUCCCGAUGCGCCGCGGUGAGGGACCCCGGCGGCGCGAACCCCAACACGCACAUCGAGGCCGCCGCGGAGUACUUCCAGGCGGUCAACCUGGGCAGGCACGUCGCCGGCAGGGAGUGGGCGUUCGUGCAGGCCACGGAGAGGAACCAGCUGGCUUUCCUCCACGACUGCCGACGCGCGUGGGGCUCGACGCCGACGACGAUGUCCGCCAGGGACUGGCACGGCGCCCUGCGGCUGCAGUGCCCGGACCUGCCCUUCGCCGUCGUCAAAGCCGCCCACGACGCCGCGGUCGGGGCGGGCGAGGCGGACGAGGGAGAAGGCGAAGGCGCGGCGGGUGACGCGGCUGUGGACUUUCGCCGGCUCUUCCCGGCGCUGCGCACAGCUGUCGCGUACGCGCCUUUCCUCGAGGACGCGCGCGCCGCCGCGUUCGAGCACUCGGACCUGACGCCGCAGGACGCGGACGCAUGCCGGUCCGCGGUCCGCGCCGCCGCGGCGAGGGUGCGCGAGACGCGGGGCGACGGGUGUUCGCCGCCGGAGGACUCGCUGGUGGACGCCUUCGUGGACGCGACAGCUGUGAACAGCGGGGGCGGUCGCGCGGUCACGUUCGGUAGGUUUCGGGCGGCGUUGUGCGCGCACGAGGGGCUGGCGCGCGCGACGGCGGCGAGGCUGCGGGAGCAUGAGGCGCGGGUGAGGAGGGCGAGCGCCGCGGAGCGAGCGAGGGAGUACCGAGACUCUUAA